GGCCGUGAAGCCGAUCGCCGAGCGGCCGCGCGAUUGGCCGCGCCUGGCAGGGGGAGCCGCACCUCGGGCGGCGGCGGGGCCGUGGCAGGAAGCGGCGGGGACGGGGACGGGCUGGCGGACGCUCUCCUUCCCCUCUCCUGCCUCCCUCCUGUGUGCCGCGGACGUGGUCUGCUGCCGCCGGCCGGCACCAGAAGAGAGGCUGGGGGGACAAGAGCCCAGGACAAUGCUGCUGAGAGGAAUCUGAGCCACAGAGCAUGCGUUGUGCCACAGUUACCCAGGUGCUGAAUGCUAGCUGCAAACUACUUUGUCAAUGAAGUAAGGACCCGGCUGGAAAUCGAAAGCACAAACUAGUUCAGCAUACUUCACCAUGCGCAAAGGGGUGCCAAAGGACCCAGAAAUAGCUGACCUGUUCUACAAAGAGGAUCCUGAAGAAAUAUUUGUGGGCUUGCAUGAAAUUGGACAUGGAAGUUUUGGAGCAGUUUACUUCGCUACAAAUUCCCACACUAAUGAGGUGGUGGCAGUCAAGAAAAUGUCCUACAGUGGAAAGCAAACGAAUGAGAAAUGGCAGGACAUCAUCAAAGAAGUCAAGUUUCUCCAACAGCUGAAGCACCCCAACACCAUAGAAUAUAAGGGCUGUUACCUGAAAGAGCACACAGCAUGGUUGGUUAUGGAGUACUGUUUAGGAUCAGCUUCAGAUUUGCUAGAGGUUCACAAGAAACCACUUCAGGAAGUGGAGAUUGCUGCCAUCACCCACGGUGCCUUGCAGGGGCUGGCCUACCUGCACUCUCACUGUAAGAUACAUAGGGAUAUUAAAGCUGGAAAUAUUCUUCUAACAGAACCAGGUCAAGUGAAACUAGCUGAUUUUGGGUCUGCAUCUAUAGUUUCCCCUGCCAAUUCUUUUGUGGGAACGCCUUACUGGAUGGCACCAGAGGUGAUCCUUGCUAUGGACGAGGGACAGUAUGAUGGGAAGGUGGAUGUCUGGUCUCUUGGGAUCACGUGUAUUGAGUUAGCUGAAAGGAAGCCUCCUCUUUUCAACAUGAAUGCAAUGAGUGCCUUAUAUCACAUAGCCCAGAACGACUCCCCUACGUUACAGUCAAAUGAAUGGUCAGACUCCUUUAGGGGCUUUGUUGAUUACUGCUUACAGAAAAUACCUCAGGAAAGGCCUUCCUCAACGGAUCUGUUACGGCACGAUUUCGUUCGCCGGGAGCGGCCGCCCAGGGUACUGAUAGACCUCAUCCAGCGGACGAAGGACGCGGUGCGGGAGCUGGACAACCUGCAGUACCGCAAGAUGAAGAAAAUCCUCUUCCAGGAGACACGCAACGGCCCCCUGAACGAGUCUCAAGAGGAGGAGGAGGACAGUGAGCAUGGAUCAAACCUGAGUAGGAAGAUGGACAGUCUGGGCAGCAACCAUUCCAUCCCAAGCAUGUCUGUGAGCACAGGCAGUCAGAGCAGCAGUGUGAGCAGCAUGCAGGAGGUCCUGGAUGAGAGCAGCCCUGAACUGGUCAUGAUGCAUAGUGACGAGAGCACAAUUAAUUCCACUUCCUCUGUUGUCCAUAAGAAGGAUCAUGUAUUUAUAAGGGAUGAGGUGGGCCACAGGGAUCGCAGGCCUGAGGUGCGGCCUACCCAGUCAGUGCAGAAUCAGGCCCUCCACUACCGGAACCGAGAGCGCUUUGCCACGAUCAAAUCAGCAUCUUUGGUUACAAGACAGAUCCAUGAGCAUGAGCAGGAGAACGAGUUGCGGGAACAGAUGUCAGGAUAUAAGCGGAUGCGGCGCCAGCACCAGAAGCAGCUGAUCGCCCUGGAGAACAAGUUGAAGGCCGAGAUGGACGAGCACCGCCUCAAGCUGCAGAAGGAGGUGGAGACACAUGCCAACAACUCGUCCAUCGAGCUGGAGAAGCUGGCCAAGAAGCAAGUGGCUGUGAUAGAGAAAGAGGCAAAGGCAGCUGCAGCAGAUGAAAAGAAAUUCCAGCAACAGAUUUUGGCUCAGCAAAAGAAAGACCUGGCGACCUUUUUAGAAAGUCAGAAGAAACAAUACAAGCUUUGCAAGGAGAAGAUUAAAGAGGAAAUGAACGAGGACCACAGCACGCCCAAGAAAGAGAAGCAAGAAAGGAUAUCCAAACAUAAAGAGAACCUGCAGCACACGCAGGCUGAAGAGGAGGCCCAUCUUCUCAGCCAGCAGAGACUCUACUACGACAAAAACUGCCGCUUCUUCAAGAGAAAAACCAUGAUCAAAAGGCACGAGUUGGAGCAGCAGAACAUUCGGGAAGAGCUGAACAAGAAGCGGACGCAGAAGGAGAUGGAGCACGCCAUGCUGAUCCGGCACGACGAGUCGACACGCGAGCUGGAGUACAGGCAGCUGCACACGCUGCAGAAGCUGCGCAUGGACCUGAUCCGGCUGCAGCACCAGACUGAGCUGGAGAACCAGCUGGAGUACAACAAGCGGCGGGAGCGGGAGCUGCACAGGAAGCAUUUCAUGGAGCUCCGGCAGCAACCAAAGAACCUGAAGGCUAUGGAAAUGCAGAUCAAAAAGCAGUUCCAGGACACAUGCAAAGUGCAAACUAAGCAGUACAAAGCACUGAAGAAUCACCAGCUGGAAGUAACUCCAAAGAGUGAGCACAAGACAAUUUUGAAGAGUCUGAAGGACGAGCAGACGCGGAAGCUCGCCAUCCUGGCGGAGCAGUACGAGCAGAGCAUCAACGAGAUGAUGGCCUCGCAGGCGCUACGGCUGGAUGAGGCCCAAGAAGCAGAAUGCCAAGCCCUGAGACUGCAACUCCAGCAGGAGAUGGAGCUGCUCAACGCAUACCAGAGCAAAAUUAAGAUGCAGACAGAAGCACAGCAUGAAAGAGAACUCCAGAAGCUGGAGCAACGGGUGUCACUGCGCAGGGCACACCUGGAGCAAAAGAUCGAAGAGGAGCUCGCAGCCCUCCAGAAGGAACGCAGCGAGAGGAUCAAGUUCCUGUUGGAAAGGCAGGAGCGAGAGAUCGAAACCUUUGACGUGGAGAGCUUGAGGAUGGGCUUCGGGAACCUGGUGACGUUAGAAUAUCCUAAGGAGGACUAUAGAUGAGAUUUAAAGAGUUCUUUGCCAUUUUAAAAUAAGAAAACAAAACCCAACCAACCAAACAAAAAAGCAGGAAACAAAACAAAACAAAACAAAACACACACACAAAAAAAAAAAAGAAAUCCCAACCAACAAAACCCAAGACAAAAAAAAAAGGCAACCACAAAUACUGAUCAAACUUGCAAACCCAACAUUCCCCAUGGCACCGGGUGUGCUCUCUCUCUUUCUGUCUCUCUUGCUGACAUGGUGUCGGACUCAGUGCCUGUAUAUUAACUCCAUCAGGGGUCCCCCUUUCCUCCCUGUGUCAGUCCCGGUGCAGGGAGGUCUGUUCCAUAGUUUGUCACAGUUGUGAUGUCUCUGUGCUAUGAUGAAAAAAAAUAUGUUGCAGUGAAAAUGAAUCGUAAAACUUUGGAGGUGAUUUUAAUGGGAGAGGGGAAAGUAAAAAGAAGAAGAAAAAUAAAUCCCCAAAGAAAGAAACACAGAGCAAAAAAAAACAAAGAAGAAGAUUAUAAGUGGAUGUCUGUUGCUUGUGAGCAAGGAGUGGGUUUGCCACCAAGGGAAAAGUACAAGCAGGGGGAAAAAAAAAAUCAUCUCCUGGAAAAGAAUAGGCUGGGGAAAAAAAAUAUGAAUAGGGUGGGGAAAUGAAUUAGCCUUGGAUAAAAAUGGCCUCCAAAAAGUGAAUAUCCUUGAAUAAAAAUAUCCUAUGGGGGGGAAAAAAAAAUGAAUAGCCUCAAAAUAUAGCCUGAAAAAAAUGAGUAGCCUGAGAAAAUGAAUCUCCUGGGAAGAAAUGAAUCUCCUGGGAAGAAAUGAAUCUCCUGGGGAAAAAAUUAAUCUGAUGGGGAAAAAAUGAAUCUCAAAAAAAUGAAUCUCCUGGAGAAAAAAAUGAAUCUCCUGGAGAAAAAAAUGAAUCUCCUGGAGAAAAAAAUGAAUCUCCUGGAGAAAAAAAUGAAUCUCCUGGAGAAAAAAAUGAAUCUCCUGGAGAAAAAAAUGAAUCUCCUGGAGAAAAAAAUUAAUCUCCUGGAGAAAAAAAUUAAUCUCCUGAAAAAAAUUAAUAGCCUGAGAAAAAGAAUCCCCUGAAAAAAAAAGAAUCCCCUCAAAAAAAAUCUCCUGAAAAAAAAUGUAUCUCCUGGGAAAAAAAGAAUCUCCUGGGAAAAAAAUUAAUCUCCUGGGAAAAAAUUAAUCUCCUGGGGAAAAAAAUGAAUCUUCUGGAAAAAAAAUUAAUAGCCUGAGAAAAAGAAUCCCCCUGAAAAAAAAAAAGAAUCCCCUGAAAAAAAUCUCCUGGAAAAAAUUGAAUCUCCUAUAAAAUGAUAUCCUGAAAAAAAAAUCCUAUAAGAAUAAAAAUCCUCUAAAAAUCAUAUCCUAAAAAAAAAGGAAUAGCCUAAAAGUGAAUGUCCUAUAAAAAUAAUAUCUUAUAAAAAUAAUAUCCCCCCAAAUAGGUGAUUAUCCUAUAAAAAUAUCCCCCCCAAAAGGUGAAUAUCCUAUAAAAAUAAUAUCCCUCAAAAGGUGAAUAUCCCAGAAAAAUAAUAUCCCCCCAAAAGUGAAUAUCCUAUAAAAAUAUCCCCAAAUAGGUGAAUAUCCUAUCAAAAUAUCCCCCCAAAAGCUGAAUAUCCUAUGAAAAUAAUAUCCCUCCAAAAAGUGAAUAUCCUAUAAAAAUAAUAUCCCUCAAAAAAGUGAAUAUCCUAUAAAAACAUCCCCAAAUAGGUGAAUAUCCUAUCAAAAUAAUGUCCCUCCAAAAAAAAGUGAAUAUCCUAUAAAAAUAUCCCCCCAAAAAGGAGAGUAUCCUACAAAAGUGAUAUCCUCAAAGAGGUGAAUAUCCUAUAAAAAUAAUAUCCCCAAAAAAGGAGAGUCUCCUAUAAAAAUAUCCCCCCCAAAAAAGUGAAUAUCCUAUAAAAUAUCCCCCCCAAAAAAUGAAUAUCCUAUAAAAAUCAUAUCCAAAAAGUGAUUAUCCUAUAAAAGUAAUAUCUCCCCCAAAAGGUGACUGUCCUGUGAAAAUAAUAUCCCAAAAAAGUGACUAUCCUGUGAAAAUAAUAUCCCAAAAAGGUGAAUAUCUUAUGAAAAUAAUAUCCAAACAAAGGAAUGUCCUAAAAGUGAUUAUCCUAUUUAAAAAAUCACAUAAAAAUAAUACCCUAAAAAAGUGAAUAUCCAAAAAUAAUAUACCAAAUAAAAAAAUAUCUUGAGAAAAAGACCUUUAAAUAUCCUUUAAGUUAAUAUCCUAAAGAGUAUCCCAAAGAAAAUAAUAUCCUAAAAAAAAAUAUAUAUCCUUAAAAAGUGAAUGCCCUAAAAAAGUGAAUUUCCUAAAUAAAAGAAGACCUUAAAAAAACAUAUCCUUGAAAAGUGAAUAUCCUGAAAAGUGAAUAUCCUGAAAAGUGAAUAUCCUGAAAAGUGAAUAUCCUAAAAGUGAAUAUCCUGAAAAGUGAAUAUCCUGAAAAGUGAAUAU